GUAAAUUAACAUUAAUGCAUGUUGGUUAACGAAAUGGGAACACGAUAUUGAUUUCCAUGUAGCGGCAACAAUUACUGCACAAGUUACAAAUGAUGUACUGAACCCGUUCAAAGUGUGCGCCUUUGGGCUAAAGCAGCCUCAGGAUGUUGUUGCAGCGGAUAGUUGCAGAUGUAAGUGACAUUAAAGAUGAUAGUGGUGAAACAUACCUGGAGUGCUACAACUUUUAUGUUCCAAAUAAAGGAAAAGUCGGGUGUAACUUGGCAGAUUAAGGUAAAAUAUUUAAGGUUAUAAGUCAGGCAUGGAUGAGGAGGAAGAUCUGGAGGCAGUUGGUGAACGACUAUAUAAUCUGAUAUAUCCCAAACAUACAGAGAUCGCUGGAAAACUCACAGGAAUGCUGCUUGAGCUGCCAGGGGCCGUACUGAAUCAGAUUUUGAAGGAUGAAGCCAUGCUCACUAGAGCUUUGGAUAAAGCCCUCAGAGCCCUACAACUCCCUCAAGGGCCCAGUGGUAAGGUGACUUCUAAGGAGGAGGAGGAUGCAUCUGUGUCUUCUGAUUCACUGGGGGAGCAACUGUUUGAGUUGGUUGAUGUCUACAACACAGGCCACUCAGAGAAAAUUACUGGUAUGCUACUGGAACAGCAGAAAGAAAUGGUGUUGAACAUCCUCUCAAAGCCUGCACUGUUGGAAGAGCAGGUGAACCUAGCCCUGAAGACGCUAAAGGAGCAGAAUGUGAUGGAGACUGAUGUCAGUGAAUCAACAGACUUUGAGGACACUGACAGGCUUGGAGAGAAGCUGUUUUUAUUGGUGGAGGAGCUGGAUCCCGUACAUGCAAAUGAUAUCACAGGCAUGCUACUGGAGAUGGACCCUGUUCCUCUCGUGCAAAUGCUGGCUGAUCAAACUAUGCUCAAGGUUGCUGUUCAGAAGGCACAAGCUGCCCUUGACAGCUUCAAGUGAACUUUCCUCACGGAAGAUGAUAUAAGGAGAAUUUGGACGGGAGCGGAUAGAAAAAUUGCCUAUUGUCACCUGUUGGCUGAUAGCAGGCGAAUGUACGAGAAGCUCGUUUGGGCGUGGCGAGGUCUGAAGGAACCGGUACUGGUGAAUUACGAGCUGGAAGAUGUGGACGAGAGGAGACCUGACUGACCUAUGAACUCUGAUCAAUAUGCAAGUUCUGUGAGGAUGACAGUCCAGCAAUUAAACAGGCUUCUUCCUCCAAACAGGAUUAGGGAGAAACUCUGGGUAUAUACCACUGUGACCGUAACUCAGACUUGUGUAAAAUAAGCAUGGCUCAGCAGUUCAUGCUGCAAGGGAGCGUGGGCUCUGAGAUCAGGGCCUUAAGUAUGCGUGCUUUGUGCGUCUGUUCAUUAACAUAUUAAAGAGUGACAAUAC